UCUGUGCUCAGAGCGCGCGAGUCAACCUCUGUUCCAUAAUUUUUGUAUUGGAUAAGACCAGCUCCGUUGUCUGCGUUUCGCUAUCUGUAGUGUUGGCUUCAGUACUGGAUUGCUUCGAUUUUGCCUUUGGCUACAUCUAGCAACGGCGUAUGUUUUAGUGAUUUGCGCCUACACUGUGUAUUUUCUGAAGGUUUCGUCGACGUUUGUGCGGUAACUUUGUUCCUGGCAACCUUGAUGUACAAAGUUGAAGGGCUGUGCGACUGGAAGUAUACUUCAACUUUGAAAGCUCUGGAAUCUUUCGGAGUCGUCGAACCAGUGUUUAGAGGACACCACGUUGAAAACUAACGACGUCGACAGACUUAUCAUCUUGAUGUUUUCACCUACAGCACCAGGAGUGUUCAGAAUUCGCCCAGCUGACAAGAACGGGCCGUAGUUCAACAGCAAGCAGCGCCCGAAAGCACGUAUUUCUAGCUCUAAGAGAGAGCUCAGAGAAAUCCUGGUGCCGUCAACGUGGCCUUCUAAACGUUUUGAAUAGCAGAAGACCAAAGUGAAAGACCAUACGCUUAGAUUUCAGUAACGUAUAGCAUCUCAUCGGUCGCAAUAUCGCACAUCUACAACGCUGUGCAAAUACUAGAUUCGUGAACUGACCAGAUUAGGGCCUAUAAGGAGGUGUGCCACGAGGUCCAGGACAGGACGAAGAGCCGGUGGACGAGGAGCGAACCUCUGACUAGCAGUGGCAGCAAGGCAGAAAAGUGGAAGCCGCACUCUACGGUUUACGCAGCACCAUGUACGGCGAUCGGUGGACGGAUUGCACGUACAUGCCCGAUGGGAUGAUGCAGCCCUCCGGCUGUGGUCCCAUGCAGGAGCCACAGCUCAUGGAAGAUCCUCUGGAAUAUCGUCCUCAGCUGGUUGGAAACGGACAAGGAUUGGUGGAUGGUGGUCAACAUGGAGGGCUGGGUGACUUUCCGCCGCCUCCGCCCCCGCCGACGCAUUCGCUGUACUAUGGUGGUGUGUGUUCCGAGCCCCCGUACCGGUGGUUUCCAGCGCCGCAUGAGAUGUUACCCUACGGAGCCUUGGCCCUCGGUAACAUGGGUGGCGGCAGCGGUUUGGAGCACGUCCAGUCUUCGGUUCCUGGAGACCAGACGGACACCUCUCCACUUUUGUCGACGGCAGACCUCGCAGAGCCCCCUCAGCUGCCGUCGUCUCCCCAUCAGGAAUCGCUCCCUACUGACGGUACUUCCCUUAUGACAUCCUCCUCUGUGUCGCCGGGAGCCAUGCGGCCUCUGCUAGGACCAGCUAGUCCAAACGACUCGGAAUGCUCGAAGCCUUCGGUGGAUUUGGCCGUCGACGAUUCUCACAGCGAAGACGAAGACGGACUUUCGAAGGCAGGAGACGAGGACCCGAGGACUAUGACGUCACAGGGACAGCAGCAGUCUCAGCAUGCGCAAAAGAAGCGCAAGCGGAGGGUCCUCUUCUCCAAGGCACAGACGUAUGAGUUGGAACGACGGUUUCGCCAACAGAGGUAUCUAUCUGCCCCUGAACGUGAACACCUGGCCUCAAUAAUUCGCCUGACCCCUACGCAAGUGAAGAUCUGGUUCCAGAACCACCGGUACAAGACGAAACGAGCAAGACAAGAGAAAGGCCUGGACGGAUCCACGGCCAGCCCUCUACCGUCCCCUCGCCGCGUGGCUGUACCGGUGCUGGUCAGAGACGGCAAGCCUUGUCAGCCUUCGUCAGGGAUCAAGUCAGAGAUGGGCCCAGGCGUCGCCUUCCCUCCGGACCUCGGUUCAACAGCCGUAGCCACCUGCAUGGCGUCGUUCGGAAGCAACGUCAUGUCCUACACGCACCCCCUCAUCCCACCUCAACACCGGUGGUGGUGAGGGACUGUUGUUGCUGAAUGUCCUUUCUCGACCGGUUCUCGGCCGGUUCUCGACCAUAACGGUAGCUCCAUGCUUGCGUCGAAGGAUUUCAAGAAUUCGUUGUUACGGACUCGCCUUGCUUGUUCUCUGCACUGUCCUAAGGUUGGAAAAGCCUAGAGUAAGACGUGGAACCUUCGGGGGAUGUGGAAGAUGGUGAUAUCAUUAGAGAGUUCCGUGUACUGUGUGAGAAGGCCUGCGAUUGUAUUUGACUGCUUCUAGUCUGUAGGCAAGCUUGUCUUGGAGUUUUGAAAGAGACGUGCGCACCCAGCAGGUUCCGAAGACUUGACUGACUCCUGAACUUGUGGAUGGCACAAGAAGGUCACAUCAAAAACGAACCAAGUAAUCGCACGUCGCAUAUCACGUGAGGACCAGGUGACUUGUGUCCUAAGUCGCGUGAUAAUGAUGGAAAGUGUUCUUGAGGAAAGACUGGAGGAUUGGGCACGUCUGGCAGUUGUUCUAAGGCAACUGGCCUGGUUCUACGGCUGCUCGUGUGGGUGUAGACUUGAUGCAUUUUUUUGUGGAACUGCCGCGCGUUUUGCAUUUCUUGCAGCUGGACGUCCGUUGUGAUGAACCGUCCCGUCUCCCAGACGGUAUCAGCAACCAAGAGCCCGUCUACAACGUUUUCGUUGGUGAACCACAACCAGACAAAUGCUACGUUCUUGUUGUAUAAUUACCCGGUCGUUUUAUACAGCAUUCGGUGUCGUGUAUGCUGGUGUGGCAGGUUAAAAAAUAAGAGGACAUGUGAAGUGCCUUAGCCACUGGACGUCCGGAAACUUGCAUUUAGAUCUCCACGGACGCGCACUGAGAUCUUCUCUGACAUCUUCUCUGACAUCUUGAGUGCCAAAAAUAUGCCACAUACUGCCAUCAUAUCACGUUUUGAAGGUUUUCUGUCACCAUUUCUCGUUCCAGCCAUGCAUAUUCCAUCAUGUUGGUUUGUGAGUUCCUUUUGUGUUAUUUUGGCGACAUUUCUUCCUCUUCUUACAGCUCCCUCCUGUCGUUUUACAGCACCACUCGAACGGUUGCAUAAGGCGAAGCACAACAGGUGCCAACAUGUCACGUGAUGAAGUGGCUAGGAUUACACGAAUCGCACUUUCCCUGCAAAUUGCUCUGUGUGUUUCAUUUCAACAACGCUUUCUCUACUUAUAUAAAUCACAAGCAGUUUUUUUUUUUUUUUACAUUUCCGCAUUGUGGAAAGGUAGCCGAGGAGAUCAGGUAACAUUGUUAGGUAGCGAGGUAACGGAGAUGCAGGCUGAAUAUAAGCAUCAAGAGAUCGAACAGGACAGGAGGAGGGAGGUGUUUGGGGAAGGUGCGGUCAGCCUGCUCAGGGAUGGGGUCUCUGUGCAACACGGGACGGGGAAAGAAGGAAAGACGGAGGGGAAAGAUGAUGGUACAGGAGAGGGAGCGUUGUGCAGUCACUCCUGCUCCGAGAUUCGCGUAGUCUCCGAAGAACUGCCUACAACAGAAAAUAUGAGAACAUCCCUUUGAAACCUUCAUCGAGAUGUUCCUUGUACCAAGGGAACCGUUAGAUUUAUUUUUAAAGGCGGAAUGGUCUGAAACCCGAGCCUCCAGCGCUCGUGCGAUGCAAAUCCUCUUCGUCCUCCUCCUCCUCGUCCUAUUUUAAAAUGUUUCAUAACAAUAUUAUUUCCGGAAAUUUCGAAAGAUCCGCAGUUUCCAUGAUUUUUCGGACCACUAGCGGUGAAGGUUCUGCCACCCUCGUUCUCGGGCGCUACUCGACUGAACAGUAUCACCACUGUCACCACUCGAACAUUUCGCGAAGACCUCUCUUAGAGGACCAGGUUCGAACCUUCCCGGUUUAUUCCUACUUCACAACAUAGGCAGGACCAAAACGAUGAUCCAACAUCGAGCGACUGUAUUUUCCUGACUGUAACUGUUGCAUGAAAUUUAUCGCGGCCGACAAUUCCGGUUGAUCAGUCAAGCUGUGUGACGUCAUUGUCACUGCCCAACGUUGCCCCCUCUUCCGGCCUCGCAGUGAAGUGCCCUGCCCCGUUUUAAGAAGGACGGCGAAUCUGAACCUGAACCUGAAGUGUCGUCUGGUCUCCUUAGCUUACUUUCCUCCACGCACUUAUUGCAGAUAGUUAAUGUUUUCCUCGCGUGUUUUUGGACCACCGUUGUCCGCAAACACCUACAUGAAAGCAAAUCACACAAGCAGCAUGACGGACACUGGCUACAUUAUGACAUCACAUGAGGAGCAACGGUUACUCCUGCAAGGGACUGAUACCUCUUUCUUUCUUGUUAUCUCCUUUUUAUGUAACGGUUAUACGGCCGUCAGGAAGAAACAAGUUUGGCAUUUAGACAGCAAGGUGUCGCAGUUUACACAACGUCCAGGUCGCGGGUCGAGACGCUUGUAUAAUGAAGUAAUAGCGAAGCGCGCAUUAUGUUGACAACACUUUUACAGGCAUUUUGCCAUUGCCAUACGGCUGUAGAUUCUAAUUGUACAGUUAUUAUAUAUAUACGUAAGAAUUUUAGAUAGUAUACAUAUAAAUAUAUAUAUACGAUUGUCCGAGAGCUGUAAAUGGUGUUGUGCGAUGGCUGCAAAGCUCCAAACCUGAAGGAAUUCUCUAAAAUGGGUGCAAAAAAGUGCCGCGUAAUAAGAAGAUAUACCAUAACUGCAGUACAAGCAAUUCUGUAAGUAAGUAUGAUUAUAAUGCCAUAACGACGCUAAGAGAUUGUCCCGCGAAAAUGGCAUGAACUCGAUCUAGUCUUGAAUGCUGCAACGGCGCUUAUGAGAAAAUUGCAAGCGCUGUCUGGAUGCAUUACGUGAAUACAUGUCGUUGCUCUGUAAAAAAAAAGAAACAAACUGUCGUGUUUCGCUGCGGAAAUUGUGUUUGUUCUGCACAGAGAGUUUUUUUUUUUUUUUUUUUUUCUGUUCAUGACACCAUUGUAAAUAAAGCAGAGUUCGAAAGUACA